CUUUAUUUAGAUAAUGGAGUGUAUAUAAAAGAAUACAAAAUUCAAUAAUUUGUAAUUCAAAAUAAUUAUCAAACUAAAAUAACCAACCUAUAAGAAAGGGGAUAACAAAAAAGAAAACACAAAUUAAUUCAAUACAAAUUUUAUUAAAUAUUUAGUAAGAAAUAUACAUAAGCAAGUAAGUAAAUAUAAAGAAAUGUUUGGAGAGAAAAACGAUUAUGGUAGCUGCAGCAAUAGCAGAAUAAUUAAGCAAAAGCACCAUUAAUCAAAUUAGUUGAAAUAAGCAGGUAGAAGUGCUUUGAAUAGUGCAAAUUAUGCCAAAGAUAAUGUUAGCAAUGCAUAUUCUUCGACAACAGGUUAAUCAUCUGUGAUCGAAGAUACUCCUUAUAUUACAGCAAAAGCCUGGUGCAUUUAUGACGCUAAAACAGGCCAGUAUUAAAGAGGUCAUCAUUCAAAUGAAAUCAGAGAAAUGGCUUCUCUCACUAAAAUGGCAACUCUUUUAGUUUCGCUGAGAUUAGUUGAAAGAUUUAAACUUGAUCCCACUCAGCUCUAUUUUAGUGUUUCAGAAAAUGCUGCCAACACAAGAGGAACAACUUCAAGACUUGAAGAAAAUGAAUGGGUGCUAGUCAAGGAUUUAUUUUAUGGACUCAUGUUGCCAAGCGGUAACGAUUCUGCUGUGGUUUUAGCAGAAAAUUUUGGUUGCUUGCUUUAUUUUGAUAGCAUUGGGUAAAAUAAAGUCUUUUAGGAAAUACAUAGUGUUGAUGUUACUGAAGACAUUUACGUGCGCGAUUAUAUGAAGCUAUUUUUAAAGGAAAUGAAUAGCAUUUGUGAAGAAUUUAAUUUAAAAAGCACCAAAUUCAACAAUCCUCAUGGACUAGUUAAUAAACAUAAUUACAGUACUUGUAAUGACUUAGCAAGACUCACAUAUUUUUGUUUGAAAAACGAAGAAUUCAGAAAAAUUGUUGCAACUAAAACCUACAGAGCCGUUGUAAAAUAUGUCUAAUUCGAUAAUAAAGUUAUUGAAAGGUCGAUUCUCUGGGAAAAUACAAAUAAAUUAUUGGAUAGAGGAUUCAAGGGAGUAAAAACAGGCAUUACUGUUGCUGCAGGUGCUUGCUUGAGUAGCUGGUACACACAAACAAUAGAUGAUUAUUCUAAAGAAGAAUGCAACAUAAUUAUUAUCGUGCUAGGCAGUGUCAAUCAAGAAUAAAGAUUCUAAGACACAAUAAGACUUGCUGAUUGGUACGUCCAAAGAUUAAAAGAUAAAAUAUAUGACAGCAACUACUAUUGAACUAAAAAUUACUAAAUUAAAUGAAAUUAUACUAAAAAUGAGUGCGUCAAGAAGUUAAAAUCUUAUAUAUUAUUUAACCAAUUCCUUUAAUGAAAAUACUAAAGAAAAUGUAAUAAUUAUCAGACUUAACAGUCUUUUUACCAAUCUAAUACGCUUGCAUAUAAUCAAUGCAUAACAAUUUGCAAGAUCAGAAAAAUAAAUAAUAACUAUCAGAAAAUAAAUCAAUAAAUCAAUAAAUAUAUUAAAAAAACAAGCUAGUUUUUCCUUUUUAAUCAACUAAUAUUUUUAAUAAUCUUCAACCUAACUAACUAAAUAAAAUGAAUAACUAACAAAAAUAAAAUAAAUAAAUAUAAUACAAUACCAUUUCAAAAUAUUCUUAAUUUCAAAUUUAUAGUACAUUUUGAAUUUAUCAGAAUCAUUCUAAUAAUAAUUAAUAAUAAAUAAAUAAAUAAAUAAAUAAUCUUUAAGUCACUUAAAUAUUUAGAAAAUAAAAUUAAAGUAAGAAAAUGAGUUAAUAACAAAUUAUUCAUUCAACAAAAUUAAUUAAAGAUUAAUUUUUUAUUUCAAAUAAAUUUGAGUCAUUAAAUAAUUACACUCCACUACCUACAGAUCCAUCUAUCUUUGUAUAAAUCU